CUCAGAGAUAGUCAAAUAGGAUUCCUUUGGGAAGGGACACAAAUCACUCCCAUUUUAACAAGAGGAACAACACGGGGUCUGCAGCCACAAGGGUCCUCCUCUUCUUGAUUUCCAAUUUCUUAUUCAUUUCCUUUUGACAGGGAAUACCUCUGGAAAAGGAAAACAAAGAGAGAGAAAAGGAAGAAAAAAGACUUGUCAGGGGUUGAUGCCAUUUGAUCUAGCACAAUCUGAAAGCUCUAGUUGAUCCCAUUCUCUAGUUGAUACCAGAGCUCAUAGAGCAAGUCUCUUUAAUACAGGAGGGAUAGCGCUGUCUUGCGUUUCGCUCGUUUGUCUUUUUAUCACUGUUUGAAGUGCUUUUCGUCUCUGAGACACCUGGAUUUCGAUAACUUGUCUUUGGACUCUUUUCGUCUUUUUCUCUUGGUUUGAAGUAAACAGACACACUGUCACUGGCAUCAACGCGGACCCAGCAUUAGCUCGCGCCCACGUUGUUACCCUCAUUUACCUGUGAUUAGAGAAAACGAAUUUUGGGACACUCAAACGGAGAGAGGGAGCGCGAUUUUUUCAUGUUUGGGAUUCAGGAGAGCAUCCAGAGGAGUGGGAGUAGUUUGAAAGAGGAACCCAUCGGAUCCGGGAUGAACGCAGUUCGGACAUGGAUGCAGGGAGCCGGGGUGUUGGAUGCGAACACGGCCGCUCAAAGGUAAGAAGCCGGAGACAGCAUCUUCCUCCCGGCGCGAGGACUCUACCAGCGCACGGAUGGUCCAUGGUCCACACUGUUUUGGAAGACUAUAUUUUCAAGGGACCCAUUUAUUUUUUGUCUCUACACUUGCAGUUUAGCCUACAGGCUUUGUGAUCGAAGAAAUGUUGAAGUUUUCUUCCCCCGCAGUAUCGAUGCUCCCCUCACCAUGGACGUAGAAUUGAGAGUUUAGCAUAAUGGAUGACUUCUAUACUGUACUGUUAAUUGGACAUAGUCUACAACAAUCCGUAAUGGCUUAGUUUAGUUACAGAACUGUUCAAAUAAGAGUGAUCAUAUUUAGAAUAUAAUAGGCUAACUAUAAUAUCAUGAUAAAACAAAUAUGGUAAUAAAUUGGCCAUGCAUAGCAAUAUGUGUCUUGGGCAUGAGUAGGCUAUUAAUGCAUUGCUAGAAGAUCCAAAAGCCUAGAAUAUGUAACAUGCAUAUCAACUAAACAUCAUCAUAAAAGAGCACUUCUAUAGGCUACAUACAUUUUCUAAAUUCGUCUAUUUGUUUAAAAUUAGGCCGGUAGGCCUACAGAAUAUCAAAAGGUUCGCUUCGCAGAUAUGAAAAGGACUUGUGUGUGUAAACGAGAAAUACACACGUUUAAAUAUAGGGCUAAGAAGUUUGACUCUUAAAGGUGACUAUUAUUUCCAUACGUUUAAGUCUGCUGAUGCCCUAACAUGACUACUCCUUGCAUGUCUAUCCACAGUGGAGUGGGUCUUGCCCGGGCGCACUUUGAGAAGCAACCGCCAUCAAAUCUUCGGAAAUCCAACUUCUUUCACUUCGUUUUGGCUCUAUAUGACAGACAAGGACAACCAGUGGAAAUCGAAAGGACGUCUUUCCUCGGUUUUGUCGAGAAGGAAAAGGUGAGUGAUAUUUGAAAUAUUUUAUCAGCUUCUCGAACACACUAAAUUGUAACACAUCCACAUUUUGACAAUAAUAUAGGCUUACAAUUAGCCUACAAACUAGAUGUAUCAGACGAUUCUAAUUUAAAAUUAAAAACCCAUUCAACCCAUCCAUAGACCUGUGAUUUAUUACGCGCAGCUUUAUAAGCAUUUCCACAUGUUAAUAUAUUUAUGGAGGACUAUAAUAGGCCAAUAGUAGCUUAAUAAAAGUGUAUCCAAAUAAUAAUAAUAUACCUAAUAAUACUAGCUACGAUAAUAUUAAUACUAAAAAUAAUACUAAUACAUUUGUAGAAUAAUAUUUGUCUUUUGAAGUUGAUAAGUUAUAGCCUGUAAUUGUCGUUUUAUCUAGAUGUUUACUUGUUUAAAAUAAUGUAAAGUAGCCUAUUUAAUUAAAUUAAACUCAAUGUUUUUUUCUCAUUACAAAAUAUCAAUAUUUAGUACUAUUGCUUUACAAAUAUUUUUGGCAAUGGGUUUUGUAUAUUUCAUUAAAUAAUAAUAAGGCUCAAAUAAAUAAAACCACUUGUUACAUAAAUUAUCCAUGUAAUUUCCAAUAAACCUUCCAUGUAUAGUAGCACUAGGCCUACAUUAAGUAAUUACUGCAAUAUCUUUAUGAGAUUUUGCCCCCUUUCAGCCAUGAAAACAGAGGCUAAUUUAUAUACAGUUUUAUAUACAGUUCAAUUAAGUAAUUGUUGAAUCAUUAAAAAUGUAUGUGUAGAAUAAUUAUUUCACAUUUCGCCAAUCCAACAAUUUGUCGAGUUAUAUUCAAUGUACUAGCCUAUUUCUGAUAGCGCACUCUAAUUCCAACACAAGCGCACCAAUGUCCAUCUUUUCGGAUCUGAAUCAAAUGAGUUGAAUCACAUUAAAUCUGUUCAUUUACAGGAAUCCACUGGAGAAAAGACCAACAAUGGUAUACACUACAGACUGCAACUUCUCUACAGCAAUGGUAAGUGUAAAACAUUGGUCAACUCUCCUCUAGGCAAUGUUACGCUUAUGUUCUGAGUCGCAGGAAGCGGACACACAGGCUACCACAAACACGAUUUGCAUUACAUUCUACAGAAAUAACAACACCAGGUGCAAUUUAGUGUAACCUUUUCACUGAGGUCAUAUUUGCGUUUAUUUGAGAUCAAGUCAUGCACUUUAGCAGGCUAAUCAAAAGUUUAAUUUGGGAUAUUUUUUUUAUCAUCAGUAUAUUGGCUGCUCCUAUAGAAAUAGGUAGCCUACACUGUCAGUGAAAGAAAGUAAAACAUUUUAUAUAAUAAUAAUAGCCUGGUGAAGGAGUAGCAUAAUUAAACUUUAUGGCUUUCUGAAUUUAAUGUCCUGAAUUGUCUUUUCAUAACAAUUAUCAUAGCUAAAUAUUUCCGGAAAUAAGCAGUCUUGCGCUUGUUAUUUCUUAUACCUGCGAGCAUGUAGCCAAUAGUAUACGUUGUCCAUAAUGGCCCUGCUUGAUAAGUUAAUCUUUUGGCUGCGUUAGCAGCUAUUCGUCUCACAGCAAAAAAGCGAACCGUUUUUAGGUCGCUGUCGAGCUAUUGUGUUUCUAUGUAUGCAAUGUGUUAUUGGUUUUAUGGGCUAUGCUGUUUACCUCAUCAGCUUCAAAUGGUCGCGUUCUCAUCGUUGCCAUCACAUUGCGAGGUUUAACAGUGUUUCGAGCAAAAUCUUGAAUCUUUUAUUGUAGCCUAUUCGAUUCACUGAUGAAACAAGAUAAAAUAUAUUGUGGCAUUAUUUAUGCUUAUUCAGUUGUCACUGUUGGCUUGGAAAUAGGCUAUAGGCCUAUUUUUGUAAAUUUGUUAUAUUUAUUUGCCAAAAGUUUUUUUUUUGGGAACAACUAUUGCAUAAUCCAUCGAAAAAAAUUGUGCCAAUACAAUUGACUGAAAUAUAUUUUUGAUAAGUUUGGAGACUGAAGUUCAGUAAUUUAUUUUGUUUUAAUCACACCUUUGGUGACACAUACCUUUAUUGACAAAAGUGAAUUGCUUAGAUUAAGAAUACAGAUUGUACAUUUAAAACAUUACAAAAUAAAUGUAAUUAGCAUAAAGAGUAACCUUAACAUUUUCAAUGAGGUCGACUUUUUUGCUUCAAUGUAUAGUUUGCCACUUACAAUAGUAAUUGUCAGCAUCUCUGUAUUGUUUGUGUGUGUGACAGUGUGUCUCAGGCCAGGGUACCUAAUUCUAUUGAAACCGUUUUCACUCAUGUCUUUUGUCCUGUACCUCUCUCCGUCUGUUAGGCAUCAGGACAGAGCAGGACUUUUAUGUACGACUCAUCGACUCCAUGACUAAACAGGUAAGGUUUCAUCUCCUUAUCCCUCUGCCUAAAAAUGAACAAUAAAAGAAGCGUUUAAGAAGUGAAGGGAGGAGAAACAUUACGUUUCGCUAUGCGGACCUGGUGCAGGAGGCAGAAGGCAUCAGGCCAUGGAAGACUGUGUGUACACGCAGCCCUCGGGGCCUGUGUCACAUUUGGACAGGUCCCCCCUCACUUGGUAGCACUGACAGCCCAGAGUGUCUUCUUGUAUUACGCCCCUGACAAUGAGGUGGGGACCCAUUGAAGUAUCUUUGCUGAGCCACUCUGCUCUAACUGUAAUACUCAAGCUGCUGAUUUGGGUGGGGAUGGGGGGGGGGGGGGGGGGGGGUUACCUGGGUUAUUAUUCACAUUUUAGUUCAUAAGAAUGUAGAGUUAUUUAAUUGACAUUCAAUUGCAGGAGUUUAUUAUUUGGAAAGCGUAACUAUUAUUUUGAAUGACAUUUUUGAGACAGACAUUGUAUUCUGACACCCGCAAGAAAGUUACAAUUUCGUACACUGAAUUAUAAUGUUCAGAGAUAUUAUUUACAGGUAGACCUUCAGCCAGAUGUGUUUGUACCGUUUCUGUUUUCUCUCCUGGAUUGUACUCCUAUGGAUAGUGUGACAGGUUUGGUAAUUGGCUAGUGUGCUCGUUAGCGGGCUCAGGGUAAUGGCAGGCUGCUGAGAGGAGAAACAGACCCAUUUACGCUCUUUUAAUGUUCACUAACGUGCCAGUGCCCACUGGGCACACACUGCUUGAAUCAACGUUGUUUCCACGUAAUUUCAAUGAAAUUACGUGGAACCAACGUGGAAUAGACGUUGAAUUGACGUCUGUGCCCAGUGGGUGGGCUCUGAUGGUGUCACACUCUGCAUGGGCACCAUAGCCAAUCAAAUGGCAUUAAACCCCAGUAGUACUCUGACAGUGUCUGGCAGUCUUGUUGUUUCUUAAUAAACUGUUUGACCUGAUCUCAUGUGGGGAGAGAGAGGCAGAGGGUUGCUGUUGGUUGAGAGGACUCGCACAUUUUUUUUAUUUCUGUCCACACUUAGAAUUCCUUUUGUUCUUUUUGUUUACCUCUGUCGAGGAGACGAAUUGAGAGUUUUAGGAAUAAACUCACAGAAAUUGGUUGAGCUGCUGUUGAUGGAAGACCAAAACUAUUUGAAAUAAGAACCUGAUUAUUUUGUGUUCAUAUUAUCAGUGUAGCAGCUUCUCUAAUUUCUAUGUCAUAUUUCUGUGUUAUUGAGUGAUUGCUAGAUUUAUGACUAGUAUGGUGAGGCACAUUACAUGGUGCACAUGUGUCUUUGAUGCCUUGAGAUGAGUCAGAUGACUUAAGGAUCAGGUUUGUUUUAGCUCUGGGCGUCUCUUGAGUUUUCUGUCAGGAAUGUGAGUAGAGCCGGAGCACAGGUCUCAGAGCUGUCGCUAGGGCCUCACAGCUAGUAGCUACCAGAGGUGGAGCCGCUAAUGCUGGAGAGUCGGGAGAUAUAGUAUGGAAGCUGGAUAAUAAGGAAAACUCUGUGCUGUAGUUGUAGCCUAUAUCUAGGGCCAGGAGUUUUUCCUGGCUGUGUCAUCUGAUCAGGAAAAAUUGUAGCUCAAAUAAUAAGGUUUAACAGAGAGCCUGUUGUAGCCAGUGCGAUGAUGACAUGGGGGUGGUGGGAAAGGAACACUAACUAACAGGUGGUCCAGCCAAAACAUUGUUGCGGUUGACUGGGUUAAGGGAUAAGGUCACCAUGAUCAGAUCCAUAGCCCCAUGCACUUCCUCUUCAGUGAGUCUGUCUGUCUGUCUGUCUGUCUGUCUGUCUGUCUGUCUGUCUGUCUGUCUGUCUGUCUGUCUGUCUGUCUGUCUGUCUGUCUGUCUGUCUGUCUGUCUGCCUGUCUGCCUGUCUGUCUGUCACAGCUGUGAGUCCCAGUGUCGGAUCACAGUGCUGCCUGCAUGCUGCUGUUCUAGCCCCCAUGGAAAUAAAGGGUAAUCACGCUAAUCCUAUAAACCUAACCACAGUGUUUAAGAGUCACUGUGCUGUUGUUUCUGUGACCACCACCGCUGCACUGCGCUGCGGCUCUGAUGUAACAACCGCUAAUGUGACACUGUGGCUUUAUAUCCUAUUAGAGAACAUCUAACAGGGAAAAUUGAGAAGUAUUUUAUGGUGUGUGGAUAACUACCAUGCAUUGAAAUCACAUUUAGUUAGUGCAUUCAUUUUCAUCUCAACCAUAACAUUGCAGUUAUUAACAUAGCAAUUAUUGUUAUAAACAACUAUAAAAUCAGCACUACUAUCACACAGAAUUAAUAGAGAAAACAUGUGAGAUAGAGUAAAAGGGUGAGAAUGAGGUAGAGGGAGAGAGAUAGAGAGAUAGAGAGAGAGAUAGGGAGAUACUGUAGAUAGACAGAGGGAGAGGUAGAAGCCCCGGGGUGUCAGUCAGACAGCUGUAUCUGUGAUCACCGUCUCCACCUCUGACAGAUCUGAUUAAGACAGCGCCCAGGCAGGAGGGCCUCUCCUUCCCCCCCCCCCCCUCUCUCUCUCCCCCCUAUCCUGAGUUUUGGCGCCAGAACAGCUGAGCCGGGGGUGGGGUGGAGUAGUUGCUAGUUUGAGGGGGGAACAAAGAAGGAGACAGGCAGGCUGAUCGCGGCACCUCUUUAAAAGUAGCUGUGGCAGCGGCCCGGGAAGAAAGGCUGCCAUGCUCCUGAUGGCACGCUAACAGAUGAUGCUAACAGAGUGGGAAGUGUGUUUCCACAUAUUUAUAGCAACUUGUUUACACGCCUUCAAUUUCAGCCCGUCACAUCAAAGCCAAUGAGGAAAACAGCAAAUGAAAAAUGAAAAGUGUGCGGCGUGAGAUGAAAUAUGUAUUAAAAGGCACAUGAACGCUAUAUGCCUUUUAAUGCACCCAGUACAUCACUGUGUUCUUAGGACAGGAUGGGUCGGAAUGUCAUGUGUGCUACAUAGAUGGUGGCAGGGAGGGGAGCAUAUUAUGUUUUUAUGGACUGUUGACUUCAAAGAUAGAAAGACAUGGUUGAACCACACCUACAGUAAAAUGCCAUGAGUAGGCUUACUUAAUUUGUUAAAAUCCAUGAUACGAACUGCAGUUGUUCUCCAUUUGCAGCCAGAUUUUGUCCUUAUUAGAAUUGUGGAUGUAUCAGAAGCUUUAGACACCAAACACUUUAAUGAUACUAACAAUAAACCAGACAAAGGGCUAUUCAUCUCUUCUAUGAGACAUUUCCUGCUGUUGGGAGGGUGUCCGAUAGCGUUGGAUAUUCAGCCUUGUUCAGGAUUAGAUUGUGGUAGUAGUGACUAGUGGGGUUGAGGCCCAGGACUGGAGGUCUGGAUUGUAUGGGGCUGGUCGCCUGGACACCGUCCCUCAGCACCCUCUCUUGGUGGGGGUAAGUAGAGGUCUCACUUAGCAACUCCUGUUUUUAAAACCUGACUGAAAGACGAGCAAAAAAUGCCACUGUGUUAUUUAUAUUUUCUGCUUAUGAGUUUGCAUCCUCUCCACUGCUGCUGCUGCUGCUCUGUGUAGUUCCUGUUUUUGCAUCCAUGUUUUUCAGCACUAAUAAUUUUGCAUUUAGACAUAUUUACUGAACAUGGUGAAAAACAAACUCACAGAGUGAGUGGGUUUCAUCCAAAUGUCAUGAUUUUGACCAGCUCUCGGUUUCACCCAACAAAGGACUUGGGAUCUUCAAUCUUCAUUUUUAUUUUCAGAAUAACAUAUACAUAUAUAUCUCUGUAUAUUUCUAAGAGUUCAUCCGUCAUGAUAUAGGUAAUGUUAUUCUACUAGAGGACAGGGCAUUGCACAAGGCCUAGUUGUGCUCAGUAAAGAUAGAUAUAACCUGGAAGUUGGGAGCAGUGGACUCCUAGCCUGGAGACAUUGAUGCAUGCAGUACUGUUUUAGAAGACCUUGGCACUUAUUCUCUCAAAGUGAAACCAAAGGAACAAGUCAUUUUCAUAGUCACCCUGACUGCCGAGUAGCUGUGUGGAGCAGGCUCGUUUUUCACUAGUAGUUAUGAAGGAACGGAUCAUUUUAACACCAUAUCAAAAAUUUGCUCAAGAUCACCACUAUGGCUUUGGUUGACUCCUUAAAACAAUCCCAACAUGCUUUGUGCCAACACAUAAGGCUGCUGAUGGGAGUGUUCUGUGUCUGCCGUGCCGAUUCCAUGCUGCGACUGUUUUUCCGUAAAUGAGAGUUUUGCCAGUGCUGGGACAUGUUGAUUGGUAAUGGAAGGGUGAAAAAAAAGCUGAGACAUUUUGGAAGAGGUGGAGGUUGGGCCAGAUGGUGCGCCUCCAGUCUGGCAUCCCAACUGCUCGCCCACACCCACACCUCCCCUUCCUACCCCGUUCCCCUGCCUCCAUCUUACCGCCCUGACGCCACCGUCACCGCCGGGCGCAUGGAUCUUUACACACUAGAGUAGGUAGAAUGAGAACCAUUACACUCCUACAAGACAGACAGUUGCAGAAAUACGUGAGCAGCUACCAUCCUCUUCACAUUUAACAACAGAGAGAUUGGGAAGCAAAGCCAGUAGAGAGACACCCAGCCGGCGCUUUCAGUAUCUGUUCGGUGCUUUGCACGAUGAGUCAUGAAUAUCUAAGCCCUGAGAGAAUGAGAGAAGAGAAGGGUGGGGAGGCAACAAUGUUCAGGAAAAUAACACAACAUUCCCGGUUCCCACUGCACUCAUAAAGCACCAAGCGUCUCAGCCCAUUUUCCAUAAAACAUUGCCAGGAUUCUGUGUAGCAUAUUCAAAAUGACGUCUUAUGGAUCCAUGUGUCUGUGUGGUUUAAAAGAGUCACAAUGUGAGCACAAAGGUUUUGUGUGUGUGUGUGUGUUCUGUGUUCAGGGUGAGAGGUCGUAGGCCCUUCCCUGGGUAUAGUACCUGCAGCAGGCCCCUGCAGUGACAGUGACUGGGUCAACCUGUGCUGCUCAGCAUGGCUCAGAGCCCCCUCUCCAGGCAACAGCCAUUCUCACUGUUACCCUCCUGUGAAACACGCUCUCUUCUCGGCUCCUCUCGGCUCUCUUCACGUAAUGUCCCGCUCUGCAGCUCUGUGGGUAGCCAGGACCCUGGACGGCCUCUUCCCUCCCUCCCUCCCUCCCUCCCCCCUCCCUCCCGGACAGAAAUAUUGGACGGGUCCCGCAGAUUUCCCACGACACACGCUGCUAUUCAUUAAACAUCCCCCGGCCAGAGGCAGUAAAUGCUACAUUAAGCUCUUAGGGCCGCACUGUGUUUGUGUGCUUCCCAAGUGGAAUCUGCUCUUUUAAAUUCCAGGCCAAACGGGAGGGAGGGAGAGGGUGUUGGUAGUGGUGGUGUGGAGGGGGGCUAGGGGUGUGAUGGCUUUUGGGUGGUAAAAGGAGAUUAUGCAUUCUAACAAUAAAAUGGUAGUCCUUUAAAUUUGUGGACUGUUUAUAAUCUGUAUGGAGUAUAUGGGUAGUACCAUAGCUUAAAGUAACUAUCCAGUGUUUCCAGAUUUCUAUGAAAUAGGACCUAUAAUCAAUUAAAAUAUGAGUGAAAUUGUUUUCCUUCCAAAAAAUUGUUAUUAAGUAUGUUAAAAAGCAGCUUUUCUGUAUUGGAAUGGUGUGGGCGUAACCCAACAAUAGAAUGGUGUGGGCGUAUACCGGUCAUUAAAAAUAUUCAUGCGAGUAGACCGCUGAUUAGCCAGCUAAUCCUCUAUGAGGAAAUAACAAGCAUAUUUUGACAUUGAGGUGGUGGGUUUAAAAAAUAUAAAUGUAGUAUAGAAGGAGUCAACAACAUUAUUUGAGUAUGAGUUAACAGAAUAUGAACUUUUAGAAGUGAGAUUUUCACUGGACAGUUACUUUAAGGAUAAUGUCCAUCAGUGUAGUGUGCUGUGUUGCAUCCAAAUCUAAAGGCCACAUUUGUGUCCUAUGGACCCUGGCCAAAAGCUGUGCACUAUAUAGGGAAUUGGGUGCCUUUUGGGACAUAGCCCAUGUUAUAGAGAGACAGGAAGUCAUAUUUCCAUCAGCACACACAGCCCUGUUUGGCUGGACCACAGCACGCUGUAAAAUGCCCCGGCCUUUCCAGAGAAUAUUUACUUGGUUAUUACAAAAUUUGGUGAUAUGUUGUCACACAAGGAGAAGCCCAAAUCAGGCAACAUGCUGAUGUGAAAUCUUUGGACCAGAAACAGAACAGAUCAGGCUAAAAGUAGAAGUUGCAUGGGUUAAGUCCACCAUACGUUCAUCUGGGUAGCUUCCCGUGAUUUCCUUUUCUUAGCAUGCAGAAAGUGAUGUUGGAAAAAUGCUCCAUUCUAAUAUGUCCAAUGAGUGACAAAGUCAAGUGAGAGGCAGGUCCUAUAAUGUUUCAAUAGAGACUGCUGUGCAGUGUGUGGAGAGAGAUGUGACCAGAUGUGAGCCAGACCACAGUAGGAACUCUCUCUCUCCAGGGCAGAUCUAGUUGACCUGCUCCACUAACAUGCCUCUGUGAGCACCAUAACCCAACCUCGCUACGAAAACAAAUCCUCAACCUGUUUCUAAUAUAAUAUUUUUUUAUCAUUUUUCCCCUCGCAGGCCAUUAUUUAUGAAGGUCAAGACAAGAACCCUGAGAUGUGCCGAGUGUUACUGACACACGAGAUCAUGUGCAGGUAAGAAGAGAAAGCUCGGGAACUCUGCUUCUCCCCAAGUCUGACACUACGCUACGCUACGCUACACUAUGCUACACUACGCUACGCUACACUACGCUACACUACUCAACCAUGUAUAGGACAUUACAGUGAUGGCAAUGCCUCACCAUGCAUUGUCUAUGGCAGUUCUCAUAUAGGCUCAACCUUACUGCAGCUAAGCAGGUCACCCCUAUACCUCCCUGCAGAAGAAGAAACAGGAAAAGUAGAGGAAGAUGAGUUUUGCUAUCAAACGUUGUACCUUUAAUUAAAAUCAAAAGAUGAAUUUGCUUGGAACUGGGUUGUGAGGAUAGACUCUUCUCUCUCCCCCUAAAAAUACCUCUCUGAUGCCUGCUUAAUUAGGACAUGCAUAAACUCAUUACUCAAUUUGAAUUCUCCUGUUGUUCAGCUGCUAACAAAUGGGCCUUCCCUUGCAUUGUGACUAUGAAAUAUAUGCAUGGACUUAUGUACACACACGUACGCACAUACACACACACACACACACACACACACACACACACACACACACACACACACACACACACACACACACACACACACACACACACACACACACACACACACACACACACACACACACACAAUCAAAGACGCAUACUCCUCUUUUGUACUCAUAUUUAGAACAUUAAUUAAGUUAUUUUCUGACCUUUCCUCAGAACCACUUUUUUUUUGCUGGUAGAGCAUGGCGAUUGUAACGCCAAGGUAGUGGGUUCGAUCCCCGGGACCACCCAUACACAAAAAAAAUUUAUGCACGCAUGACUGUAAGUCGCUUUGGAUAAAAACGUCUGCUAAAUGGCAUAUUAUUAUAUUAUAUUAUAUUAUUAUGAUUAACAGUAUCAUUAGAAAUUGACAAUUAUUACACAAUUAACUUUUUAGUACGGGGUUUACAGCCAAAAUUUUACCCAUCAUUCUAUGCAACCACCACAGUCGUACAGUGUAGCCAUUUCCCAUCUACAGCCCUCAAAUUCAACUCUGGACCCCGAAGCCAGUUCCACUGUUUUUUUUUACAUUCUUCCCCUCUAAUCAGGGACACCAGGUAGGUGCAAUUAAUUUUCAGGUGGAACAGAAAACCAGCAGGCUCCGGACCUCGUAGGGUAAGAGUUGAAUAGUCAUGCUCUACAGUGUUUGGUUAAGGCAUUGUAUAGGAUCUGAGAGAGUGCGAGACAUCAGUAGAGAGGCCCAGUGUGAGGAACCUAACCAUGGAGACAGUGAUGUAUCAGACAGUGAUUUUUGGGGUGCCAGUCCCACCGGCCCUGCACCCCUCCCCAGUCCCAGUCUCAGGGAUGGAGACGUGCUGAUUCUGCACUGGGCGUUCAAACACAGUCUCAAUUAUAAGCAGAAAAUGUGUCUGCUCACCAUUAAUCAGUACUGCUAAUUGCCGUGCACCACCAUUAGCCAUAUGGUGCCAAGCCAGCUUGCAACCGUGGGACAUAAGUGCUUAGACCUUUCAUUUUACAAACUCAAGUAACGGGCUACAAUGAGCUUUCCAACGCUUUCACAAAGGAGGAACAUAUUUAAGGUCAUAUUACAUUUUACGUGGACCAACAAAAAAGUCAUUUUCAAAUGAUGAGAUCCACUAAUUAAACAAAUUGGGAUUUAGUGUUUUGGUUUUAGGCAAGAGCCGGUGAGCUGAAAUAAUAUGUCAUGGUUUUGAGUAAAUUAAAAAUAAACAAGGGUUAAAGGGCCUGGUAUGGUAGCGUUGUCCUCACAGGAACAGACAUCACUACAUCCUGUUAAUUACAUGAGGCGAUAUAGAUUUAAUUUCUUAAAAAGCUGCGGCAGGAAGGAAACGUUGAGAUUAAAGAUGUGAUUUCCUUUGGAUGUCCUGCGGGAACGAAUGGAAGGUAACAGGAAAAGAAAAUAUCCCCUCAACAAAGCUGGUGGAGGCAUGUACUAAUUAGCAUAAUUUUGGUUGGAGGAAGGGGAGGGGGGGUGGGGUGGGUGACAGUGAGUGUGUGUGUGUGGGGGGGGGGGGGGGGGGGGGGGGUAGUAGAAAAAAAAUCUGGUCUCCCAUGGGUGCUGCCUGAUGAUUGGAUUGCAGGGAAGCCACGAAUCAGUGCUCUAGUCCUCACUCUAUUCUGAUCCAAUGUGACCCAGUUCAGAGAGUCGCACAGAAAUGAGAGCAAGGGAGAGACAGAGGAGGGAGGCCAAAGAAAGAACGAGAUGUUUCAAAGACCUGGGACGUCCUUCCUGAAAUCCUUUGGCUGACUCCCAUUUGUUCUCACUACACCAGCAAUGUAUUUUCACAUAUAGUUCUACCCACAGCCCUUACAGUCAGUCACAAUGUACUCCUGCUCUCUACAGAGACUGUUCUGCACCCAGCAGGCCUGUCUUUCUGUUGUGCACUGCACACUCCACAUGGGAUUCAGUCAGCUACGCUGCUUUCCACUCCUGCAUUACAAUAUCUCUGAGGCAUGAGAGCCACAAUAUGAAUGAUUAAUGGAGCUGAUCGAUCAGUCCUGCCAAAUGGAUGUGGCAGAAGGCUGAGAGAGGAGAAGGAGGGAGGGAGGAAUAGAGAGGGGGAUGAAGUAACAGAGAGAGGAUGGAGGGAUGGAUGGAUGGGGGGGGGGGGGGGGUUGACCCAGUGCAGAGAGCAGCCCUGUAGAAGGGAGACAAUGCCUUGGGUUUUAUGUGACAGGCCUGUCCCCAGCCCCAUUCAACACCCCACUGCCAUCUGUGCACUGGAAACAUGAGCUGGGGGUCUCUCCAAGCUGCUCCACUUCCCCCGCAGCCUCCCUCCCUCCAGCACCCUACCACCGCACCCCUACCCCCUCGAACCCAUCCCAGCACAGCCACCCUCCAGCCCCCCAUGAUGCUCACCUUUGUCAGAGUGAGGCAGGGGAGGAGGUGUCAGGUUAGCAGUGAACAGAGAGUGUUUGACCCAGGAGGGUGAAGGGAGAGAGAGGGAGGGGGGUGAUUACCCGCUACCUGCCUCAGGUGAUACUAGGGGUGCUCUCAUCGCACCCCCCCCCCCCCCCCCCCCCCCCCCCCCACACUCCUCUCCCCUAGCACACCUGUCAUCCCCUAACCAAGCUGGCCCUUGAAUGGCCUGUCUUUGUGGGCUGCUGUAAUCAAGCCAUAUGUAGAGAUAAAUAAUGUACCCAGACACACAGAGGCAGUCUGUUCUACAGGUGACAAAGGGCUGGGUGGGCUGGGCAGUGCUUAGUUCAGGCCUCAGAACAGGACCAGGCUGUUGGGUAAUUGGUACCUUCCCCUUUAUCCUGUGGAGGUCAGGGCCUGGGCCUGGCUGAAGCAGCUCUCCCUGAAACAUGGCUCUGUUUUUCUUUCUCUCUCUAACCCCCCUCCUUCUCUCCCUUUGUGCCCCUCAGCCGCUGCUGUGACAAGAAGAGCUGUGGCAACCGCAACGAGACCCCGUCUGACCCAGUCAUCAUCGACAGGUACCGUAACACAGUCCUCCACUGGCUCUGCUAUUCAUACUGGGUCCGUGUGUAUGUGCGUGUGUGUGCGUGUGUGUGUGUGUGUGUGUGUGUGUGUAUGAGUGUGUAUGUGUGUGUUUGUGUGGACGUGUGUGUUUGUGUUUGUGUGUGUGUACGUGUGUGUUUGUGUGUGUGUGUUUAUGUGUGUGCAUACAUCUUUGAGGCUGCUGAUGCCAUGAGGGAAAGUAUGAGCGGGGAGCACAAUCAGCACAAUCUAUGUAUCUGGUUUGGUUUGGCCAGAGUGUAUCUUCUGGUUCUCUCUGUAACGUUUACAGUGAGCACUACAGUGUGUGUGUGAGUGUAGUGUGCUGUACGUGGAGCGGUGUGUACAGUGUGUGCUCCUCUGCAGCCAGGGAGGGAGGACGAGGGAGGCAGAACGAGGAAUCUGUCCACUCCUUUCCUCUCCGCUCCCCUUAAUAAAACCCACAUGGAUAAUGGACUGUGAGACAAUAGCUGCCAAAGUGCUUGGAGCCCACCCUCCUCCUCUUCCUCUCUCCCUCCAUCAUUCCUCCAGGGCACCCAAACACAGGUCUUCUCUCUUACACAGUACAUUUGUCUCUCUCAGCUAGACAGGAGCCAUUAGACCUCAUCCUCCCAUAUAGGCUUACUGUACUAAUUGUUUGUAAUAUUACCAGUCGUGCUCAUAGCGCUGUUAGUCCCAGAGUAUUGGAGUUUUGGUUGUUAUGUUGUUUAUGUUAUGACGUCUGUCUAACACAAUAGCCCUGGUUAACUUGGCUCUGUUGAUGGGAUCUCCACAAUGCCUGUAUCUCAGCGGCUGUAUGAGCUAAUGCUAAUGUAUAAUUUAUAACCAUGGAAGAAAGCUUUUGAUUUAAACCACACAGAGCUGCAUUGGUUCAUACCAGAGUUAUUGUUCAGUGCGACGAGGCAGAUCUGAUUUGUCACUUUUGUCAAAUGGACGCCGGGGCUCAUUUGUGAAGAUUAAACCCUACUGAAGCACAGGAUGUGUGUGUGUGGGUGAGGAAUGUAUGUACAGUAUGUAUGUGUGUGUAUGGUAGUGGAUACAUGUCUGUGUAUUACCCCCUUUGAGACUGCUUAUGCCAUGAGGGCAAAAUGUUGGUUAUUUUUUCGGUUUUUAAACAACUAAUUGACCAAUGUCAGUUCAAUUAUUUGAAUUCCAUUUAGUUCUGUUUUUUUCUGUGAGCUUAGCUUGAGAUAAAUCAGAUCCAGCCUGAACUAUGAGAUGUAGUAGGGGGUUGUAGUUUCCAACAGGCCAAUAUUUUACAUAGUUUAGCACAUAAAACCUAUUAAUGAACUACAAUGACAAUAAUCAUACUUAUCCGGUCUGUGUUUCUUUUACGGCUGCUGCUACUUUAGGUUAGUGUGGAGAGGGAGACAAGAAUGCGUGAUUGUCAGGGGCUAUAGAAAGCAGUUGUUGCUUCGCAAGGUAUCUCUACCUGAAAACACAUGAUCUAAGUGAUUGAUAGUUGGUAUUCAGCAGUCAUAAAAGUAUCCCUAAUAUACUUUGAAGAACUACUAAAAUAGUGAUUUUGUCAGAGAGCAUAGGCAGCAGCUCUAUAGAGAUGAGAUGAUGACAAGGAAUGAAAUAAUAGUCAUCAAAUAAAACAAAUGUAAUAUAUACAAUAACUGAAAUAUUUUAUUAAAGUAAAUUAAUGUGAAUAAAUGAUGGUUAAUAAGUGAUAAGCAGUAAUGGGCAGUCACUACCAUCAUGGGACUUUUAUUAAUUGUUUUAUUCUGUGUUACAGCAUUCAACCCAAAUAAUUAUUUUUGAAUAAUCGAACCAAAACCGAACCAACACACACACACUAACACAAACACACACACACACACACAAACACAAACACACACACACACACGCACACACAUACACACACACACACUCACACACACACACUUCUUGUAAAGGGGGAUGGCAGUAGUGUGUAUGCUGUGGUAAUGUAGUCACUGACCUGCGCUACAGGAAGGACACAGAUGCACAUCAGCUGUGGCGCAUGCAGUUCUCUCAGUGCCAGGAGAGGAGAGAAGCGGGCCCCAUACCUGGCACACGUGUUCUGCCCCCUCCCCUCCUCUUACCCUCACUGCCCAACAUUCCGCUUCGCUGGGCCAGAAAGGGUCAGCGCUCCUGGGGGGCAGCUGGAACCACCCCCCACCCCCACCCUGCCCCCCUGCUCCCCUCUCUACCAUCACACACCUUCAGACUUCAGUGAACAAACAGGGCUCAGAUGA